AUGAACAAGAACAGCAAGAAGAUGGAUGAACUGGGGAAGAUGUGUGUAGCGAGGGAUGGAGGGUAUGAUGAGGAAAGAAGAGAGAUUCCUAAUGCCAAGAGCCAUGGGAUGAUAAUGAAGUGGAUUUUUGUCAAGGUUAUAUUCCGUAACCAACGCAACGACGCCGUCGGAGGUGCAUCUCACAAUGCUUUCCACACCAACGCUGCCAAGUCCAUCUAUGCAGAGUACAGGUCUAUGGGAAGCUCCGAGAGGAAGGACAAGCUCGCUGCCUCUCGCUGCACUGGGCUCGUGUCUGGGCUCCGCCUUGCUGCUCUCAGCCGCCCGGACUUCUAA